GCCCGUAGCGUCCUCGUCGCCGCCCCUCGCCUCGCAGCCGCAGCCCGCGUGGACGCUCUCGCCUGAGCGCCCCGGACUAGCCCGGGUGGCCCACUGGCGCGCGGGCGAGCGCUCGGGCGAUCCUGGCCGGCAGCGCGGGGGUUAAGCGGCCCAAGUAAACGUAGCGCGGCGAUCGGCGCCGGAGAUUCGCGAACCCGGCACCCCGCGCCGCCAGCCGGCCACGACCCGCGGCGCGACCGCGGCGCCGCGCCCCAGCCAGCUUCGCGACAGGAAACAAUGAAGGGAGACAGCAGACAUCUGAAUGAAGAGGAGGGGGCCAGCGGGUAUGAGGAGUGUCUCAUUGUUAGUACGACCUGUAGUGACCAGUCGUCAGACACGAAGGAUGCUCCUUCACCCCCAGUCUUGGAGGCAAUCUGCACAGAGCCAGUCUGCACACCAGAGACCAGAGGCCGCAGGUCAAGCUCACGGCUGUCUAAGAGGGAGGUCUCCAGCCUUCUGAGUUAUACGCAGGACAUGACAGGGGAUGGAGACGAUGGUGAGGCAGAGGAUGGGGAUGGCUCUGAUAUUCUAAUGCCAAAGCUCACCCGGGAGACCAAGGACACCAGGACACCCUCUGAAAGCCCAACUGUCCGAACCCGAAAUAGCAAUGGUACCUCCAGCCUGGAGCGGCAAAGAGCCUCCCCCAGAGUCACCCGAGGCCGGCAGGGCCGCCACCACGUGCAGGAGUACCCCGUGGAGCUCCCAGUUACCAGGUCACGGAGACGUCGAGCAUCGUCUUUAGCAAGCACACCAUGGUCGUCCCCUGCGAGCAUCGACUUCAUGGAAGAAGUGACACCUAAGAGCAGCAGUACCCCAUCUGUAGACUUGAGCCAGGACGGCGAUCAGGAGGGCAUGGAUACCACACAGGCGGAUGCAGACAGCAGAGAUGGAGACAGCACUGAGUAUCAGGAUGAUAAGGAGUUCGGAAUAGGUGACCUCGUGUGGGGAAAGAUCAAGGGCUUCUCCUGGUGGCCCGCCAUGGUGGUGUCCUGGAAAGCCACCUCCAAGCGCCAGGCCAUGCCUGGCAUGCGCUGGGUACAGUGGUUUGGUGAUGGCAAGUUUUCUGAGAUCUCUGCUGACAAACUGGUGGCUCUGGGGCUGUUCAGCCAGCACUUUAAUCUGGCCACUUUCAAUAAGCUGGUUUCUUAUAGGAAGGCCAUGUACCACACUCUGGAGAAAGCCAGGGUGCGAGCUGGCAAGACCUUCCCCAGCAGCGCUGGAGACUCACUGGAGGACCAGCUGAAGCCCAUGCUGGAGUGGGCCCACGGGGGCUUCAAACCCACUGGGACGGAGGGCCUCAGACCCAGCAACAAGCAACCAGUGGUUAAUAAGUCGAAGGUGCGCCGUUCAGGGAGUAGGAACUUAGAAUCCAGGAGACACGAGAAUGCAAGUCGAAGACGCACAGCCAAUGACUCUGCUGCUUCUGAGUACUGUGCUCCACCCAAGCGCCUCAAGACAAAUAGCAAUGGGAAGGACCGAGGGGAGGACGAGGACAGCCGAGAGCGGAUGGCUUCUGAUGUCACCAACAACAAGGGCAAUCUGGAAGACCGCUGUUUGUCCUGUGGUAAGAAGAACCCUGUGUCCUUCCACCCCCUCUUUGAGGGCGGGCUCUGUCAGAGUUGCCGGGAUCGCUUCCUGGAGCUCUUCUACAUGUAUGACGAGGACGGCUAUCAGUCCUACUGCACCGUGUGCUGUGAGGGCCGAGAACUGCUUCUGUGCAGUAACACAAGCUGCUGCAGGUGCUUCUGUGUGGAGUGUCUGGAGGUGCUGGUGGGCACAGGCACAGCUGAGGAUGCCAAGCUGCAGGAGCCCUGGAGCUGCUAUAUGUGCCUCCCACAACGCUGCCAUGGGGUCCUCCGGCGCAGGAAGGACUGGAACAUGCGCCUGCAAGACUUCUUCACUACUGAUCCUGACCUGGAAGAAUUUCAGGAGCCGCCCAAGUUGUACCCAGCAAUUCCUGCCGCCAAAAGGAGGCCCAUUAGAGUCCUGUCUCUGUUUGAUGGAAUUGCGACAGGCUACUUGGUGCUCAGGGAGCUGGGUAUUAAAGUGGAGAAGUACAUUGCCUCCGAAGUCUGUGCAGAGUCCAUCGCUGUGGGGACCAUUAAGCACGAAGGCCAGAUCAAAUACGUCAAUGACGUCCGGAAAAUCACCAAGAAAAAUAUUGAAGAGUGGGGCCCAUUUGACUUGGUGAUUGGUGGAAGUCCAUGCAAUGAUCUCUCUAAUGUCAAUCCUGCCCGCAAGGGUCUAUAUGAGGGCACCGGAAGGCUCUUCUUCGAGUUUUACCACUUGCUGAAUUAUACACGCCCCAAGGAGGGAGACAACCGUCCGUUCUUCUGGAUGUUCGAGAAUGUUGUGGCUAUGAAAGUGAAUGACAAGAAAGACAUCUCCCGAUUCCUGGCAUGUAACCCAGUGAUGAUCGAUGCCAUCAAGGUUUCUGCUGCUCACAGGGCCCGGUACUUCUGGGGUAACCUGCCUGGAAUGAACAGGCCCGUGAUAGCUUCAAAGAAUGAUAGACUCGAGCUGCAGGACUGCCUGGAGUUCAGUAGGACAGCAAAGUUAAAGAAAGUGCAGACAAUAACCACCAAGUCGAACUCCAUCAGACAGGGGAAAAACCAGCUUUUCCCUGUAGUCAUGAAUGGCAAGGACGACGUUCUGUGGUGCACUGAGCUCGAAAGAAUCUUCGGAUUUCCUGCCCACUACACAGACGUGUCCAACAUGGGCCGCGGCGCCCGCCAGAAGCUGCUCGGAAGGUCCUGGAGUGUACCAGUCAUCAGACACCUCUUUGCCCCCUUGAAGGACUACUUUGCAUGUGAAUAGUUCUGUCCAGGACUGGGGUGCUCUUGGUCAGAGCCAGUGCCCAGAGUCACCUCUCUCUGAUCACCUCGCCUGUCCCCUCCCUUAGCUUCCCCUCCCCCAUGUGGGGCCUCACAUCACUGUACCUCAGCUUUCUCCUGCCCAGUGGGAGCAGAGCCUCCUGGCCCUUGCAGGGGAGUCCCAGGUGCUUCCUCCGUGUGCACAGCUCAGACCUGGCUGCUUAGAGUAGCCUGCCAUGGUGCUCAUGUUUUCUGAUCCUGAAACCUUGAAACUUGAAGUAAGAUGCCUUUCUUUCUCCCUCCUGAGUUUAUCACUCAGAAGUGGUGGCUAAGAUACCAAAACAACAGCCCUCUUAGUACUCAGGUUGAUGCUGCAAAAUCGCUUGAGAUUUUAAGUCACCUGCGUUCCACAUCUGCUAGAGGAUGCUAUUGUGAAUGUGGGCUCAGAUGAACAAGGUCAAGGGGCCAAACAUUUGUUGGUUUGUUUUUUUUUUUAUUCUUCCCUAGGAGUAUUUGAAGAUGAUGUUUAUGGCUUGUCUUCCUGGCACCUUCCCCUUGCUUUGGUACAAGGGCUAGAGUCCUAUUUUGUAGCAUUUCCCAAUGUAAUGAUGUCAGCAGGGAUGACAUCAUCACCUUUAGGGCUUUUCCCUGGGCAGGGGCCCUUGUAGCUAGUCCUCAUGAAGACUGGAAUAGAAUGUUUUGUGCUCAGGAAGGGUGGGUGGAGUGGCCCAGGUUUGAGGGACACAAAGGGGGUUCCCUACUCCCUCUCGCUGAAUGAUGGGCCCUGGCCCCAACAGCUCAGGUCACCAGAUAAGUAUGGCCCCCUAAUUCCUCAUGAGAAACCCGGACCAGAAGCACAUUGUUUUCCCUUGUCUAAGUGAUGUAUGGGGAAACUCCAAGGGAAAGCUUCUGGAGAUUUUUAAAAGCUUUUUCACCCCACGAUAGAUAUAUUGUAUGUUUAAGGGGUGUUCUUUUUUAGGGGCAUCACUGGAGAUGAGAAAGCUGCAUUUCAGAAAUGCCAUUGUAAUGGUUUUUAAACACCUUUUACUCUAAUGACAGGUGCUAUUUUAUAGAAUGCGGACAGCACUCUGGGGCUUUUAUAUACUUUUUAUGACUUUCAGACUUCUAUUUUGAUGUUACCAUUUUUUAUAACUGGAGCAGUGUCACAGUUGUGGGGAGACUGCCUUAUUUCAACAGUUUGUCUCCACUGCUUUUUAAUUUUUAGGUGCAAAGAAGACAGAUGCCCAGAGUUUACCUUUC